ACCCCACCCCUCACACUCACAGUCUCACUCACACUCACACUCACAGACGCACGUUCAGCCGUGAGGUGAGUGAGUUGGCGUCCACCGCUAAGAGCUCGCGUCCAGAGAACGCCACCCACCCACGGAAACGACACCGCCUGGAGAAGAAGCGACAGAGGCAGUGAGACAGAGCACACACACACACAGGACCUUAAUUGUGCAAGGGAAUACUAUACGAGCCUUCUGUUCAAUCAUACGAGCCUUCUGUUCAAUCAUGCUGUGCUCAUAUGCCCCAGUACAGUCCCCGCUACAGGUGGUCUGUGUUGUCUUCCUACAUCUUCUGGUCUCAGGAAUACAGGGUCAUGCUGGGACAGAAUUCUUUUUGGCACUUCCACAAAACGAUCAAUCAAACACGGCGAGCUUUAUAACGCUCACUCCAGAAGACGCCACUGCGGCCUCCAUAACUGUCCAAAUAAGGGGCGGAAAUCCUUCCCAGGGCGAAGUUGUGGACAAGACGCUGCAACUAGCGAACGGCACGGCGUCCAGGUAUCACCUCCCUGUCUCCAUGCCCAUGCCCCUCGGCUGUGUCGUCAUCACUGGCCACGCCCUGCUCGUGACCUCCUCGGGGCCAAUCAACAUCGUCGUGUGGAGCGAAGGUACACACGUGAAGGGUAGUUCCCCCAUCGGCGUGUGGUCUGGCGUGAACCGCACGGCCCACCAGUCCCAGUGCCGGUCCCACAUGGUGGAGACGUCUCCUCCCACCCAAACCUUCGGCCGGGAGUUUGUUCUCCUGGUUCUCCCCUACACCCUCCCGUCUGAGGAGUUCCGGGUCCUGUCCCGAGGUUGGUCGACCCAAGUAACGGUCAACACGGACGAUGGCGUAUCGCCAACUGUACACUACCUGCCCAGACCUGGGAGCUAUGUUCGGAUCAGCGCGACCAAUUUGUCCACUUAUAUGAGCCUUACAGCCGACAAGGAUGUGGCAGUGACGAGAAUCAUACCGGACGGGUCAGAAGAUGCUGACUUCUCCAUGACGACUAUACUGCCCACAGACAAAGCCACCAACAAGGAGUACAGAUUCGGAUGGUACGACCAUCAUAACAACGAAGAGGUGCUCUUGUCCUACGCCAUACGCUCUAGCGACAAAGCCACUCUGCAGCUCAACGGCCACCCUCUCGUCACCACAAAAGGUCCGUUCUGGAGCAACAUUCGGGAGUUUCCGGUGGUCAAUUGGCCCGAUUGGAUGGUUGCGCUGGUUUCCGUGAACGUCACUAGCGACCUGGUAGAGUACGAGCUGAAGCAGACGAAUGGCCUUCCCUUCACCGCCUACGCUUCCGCGGCCAAAAAGUGCGAGGCGGAAGGGUAUCCGUUGGGGUACCCGGAUGUAGCUUCUAUGAGAAACACUAUGGUCGAUCUGCACUGUCCCAUCACAUGGCCUCCAGGCGAACAGUGCUGUGUGAACAAUAACGUGUAUAAAACAUGCACAAUCCAGAAUAUGGAGACAUCUUGCCAACGGCUGAGUCGAUAUCGUUUAUCCGAUUCUCCGGAGACAGUAUCAGCAAGCACGGUUUUGGAAUGCUACACAACAUGCCGAACGAGUUCCGGAUGUUUCGGUAUCAACUACUCAGAAACUGAUGACGUCAAUACAAGGUGCGAGCUGUUAAUGGGCACUCCUGGAGGAUUUAUCACGAAUGGUUCAUGGCUUUACAGUGUCUGCAGUUCCAAAAUGAGUCUUCUUCUUGUGUGACUCACCAUUGACAAAGUGAUGUGUUGUGUGUGCUGUUUUUAGGGUAAUGGCUGAGAUUUACUGUGCUGAUAUGUACACUCAUUUAAUAUAAUAUGUGAGGUGUGCUGACAAAAUGAGUUACUUCUCGGAUUUCAGCCUUAUGGAAAUUGAUACAU